GUUGUUUGCAAUCUUUUUACUAAACUACCGACUUCAAUUCGGGGAUCUCAGUUCGCUGUGUCAAUUGUGUGAGGUUGUGUUGGAAUUAUCUUAGGAAUUUUUCUGGAAGACAAUUUAUUGUGCGUAGAGAGCUUAAUCCUAUUAAAAUGGGCAAAGGAAAAAAUAAAGGCAAAGGGAAGAAGCAAGAAGACCAGGGGGCGGGCGCAGGAGGAGGAGGGGGGCGUCCGCCAACGCAGCCCGAGCAAAAGCAGGAUGAGAAACCACCGAAAAAACAUGACGCGACGCGACCAGUGCCAGGUCCGUCGGGAGAUCCAGGGGCCGUCGUAAAAAGGGAAAUAAAAUCAGAACAGGGUCCAGCUAGUGUGACAACAGGUCAACAACAGGGAGAAGUAGGUCAACAACCUCGAGGUGGAGGUCAACAACAGGCGGGAUGGGGAGGUCAACAACCUCGGGGUGGAGACCAACGACCUCGGGGAGAAGGUCAACAACAGGUGGGAUGGGGAGGUCAACAACCUCGGGGUGGAGACCAACGACCUCCGGCAGAAAGUCAACAACAGGCGGGAUGGGGAGGUCAACAGCAGGCGGGAUGGGGAGGUCGACAGCAAGCGGGAUGUGAAGGUCAACUACCUCGGGGAGGAGGUCAACAACCUCGAGGAGGCGGUCGACAGCCUCAACAAUCAGGAACAGGUCAGCAAUCAUCGUGGCAAGGUCAACAAUCAGAAUGGAGAGGCCAACAACCAAGACAGGAAGGUUAUCAACAACAGAGAGAAAGUGAACAAGCAAGACGUCAACAAGAGGAUCGACCACCCCCAGGAAAAGCGGUUGAAAGUAAAUUUGAAACACUAUCCGUAAGCUCGACUUCAAGUGAAAAGUCUAAAACGAGUUCAAAAACACAGACGCCUAUAAAAGGUGUUCUAGCGGAUUUCAACUUAAGAACCACCCCUCCGGACCCCAAAAAUUUCAAAUGGUGUGGAAAAAAUGGCAAACAACAUCAAAUCGAAGCCAACUAUGUUAAAAUAAUCAUGGACAAGAUGCCAAAAGUUGCCUAUCAAUAUGAUGUCCAAUUCAACCUAGAACGACCCACUCGUUUUCGGCCAGUUGCUUUUGAGCAGUUACGAACGCAAGUUUUGAGUGCAAAUGCCGGUCAGCGGGGAAGUUUUCCUAUUGCAUUCGAUGGGAAGAAUAUUGCAUAUUCUGCGGUCAAAGUUCCACCUAAUUUCCUGGGCGUUGAGCAUGUGGUACAAUUCAUUGAUGGCGAAACCAAUGCGAAUAAAGAAAUCAAAAUUACUAUGAAAGAAGCGAGAGAUUUAGAGAUUGACUUGAUGGCCCUGAAGAAUUAUCAUGAUACUGGUAUCGGCGAAAAGCCAUUGCGCGCUUUGCAGUGUAUUGAUGUUGUCCUACGAACACCCCCAUCUCGGAUGUCAAAACAAGCUGGUCGUGCUUUCUAUACGAAGCCUACAAACCCGGAGGACCUGGGUGAUCAGUUUGAUUUGUGGUUGGGACUCUAUCAAUCAGCUACUCUAGGAGAUUUUCCGAUGUUGAAUAUUGAUGUUACCCACAAAGGAUUCCCCAGGGAUUCAACCCUUCAGGAUGUUUAUUUGAACUUGAAUAGAAAUUUCGACCAAGCCGACAGCUACAUAAGGAAUCUCAAUAUAAUCUACACUCCUCCAGCUUGCAUGAAUGGGGCGUGUAAGUUGUACAAGGCAAACGGUUUAGCAGAGCCUGCGAAUAGAAAGACAUUUAUAAAUGAUGAAACUCAAACGUCCAUGACAAUUGAAGAAUACUAUCGGAGUAAAAACUACAGCCUGCGAAACCCUGAUUUUCCGUGCGUGUCAGUCGGCACUGUACGGAGAAUUUACUUGCCGAUUGAGUUGUGCAGGGUCCAACCGGGGCAAAAUAUCCGGGCACGUGCAGGGCCAGAUCAAACUCGAGCCUUGAUAGGACAUGCUGCUACGUCCACAACGAUCAGAAAGAGUAAAAUUUUUGAAAUGUUUAACUCAUUUCGCCAUAACGCGAAUGAUGUAAUGCAAGGAUUCCGACUAUCAUUAGACUCUGAAUUCAUCAAGGUAAUUGCGAGGAACAUUCAACCUCCGACGAUACAAUAUAAGGAAAAUUCGAUAAUGCCACAAAAAGGAAGCUGGCGAGCAGAUAGAUCGAAAUAUUUGCAACCCGCUCCCCUGCAGAAGUUCGGAAUUUUGAUAACCACCCGAGCUAACGAUGGUGCCGUUGUAGAGUUUGCUAAGAAAAUAAUUAACGAAGCUCGAAGAAACGACAUGAAUGUUCAAGAUAGGUACGAAUUGUGGAAGGAGUUGCAGGUUCGCUCUAUUCCCGAGAAACUAGAAAAGUUGAAACAGGCGGGCUGUUCGAUUGUUUUCGUUAUAAUAGGUGGCUUUGGCGACACAUAUUCUAAGGUGAAACAAAUAGCUGAGAUCGACCUGAAAAUAGUGACACAGUGUGUGAAAUGGGUCACUGUGCAAAAGAAAAUGAAUCAGUCUACCAUCGCAAAUAUUUUUUUAAAAGUCAACGCCAAACUCAAUGGAGUGAAUCACAUGUUGAAACCAUCCAUGGAAAUACAAUUUAUCAAGAACACUGCCGUGAUGCUUUUAGGAGCGGAUGUAACACAUCCAUCCCCGGAUCAAUCACAUAUCCCUAGCGUUGUCGGUGUUGUAGCUUCACACGAUGUAAAUGCCUUCCAGUACAAUGCGUGCUGGCGUUUACAGGAUGCUAAAAAAGAGAUGAUUGAAGAUAUGGAAAACAUCGUAUUAGAACAACUGCAUUUUUUCAAUCGGAAACGUAACCAAUUCCCCACGCAUAUUAUUUAUUAUCGUGACGGUGUCUCUGAUGGACAGUUCAAGCAAUUGGAGGAGAUAGAGCUGAGCGCAAUUAAUAGAGCGUUCGCUAGAGCAAAACCGAACUACAAACCAAAGCUGACUUGUUUGGUGGUUCAGAAGCGACAUCACACACGAUUCUUCCCGCCGGUUCCAUCUGACAUUGUUCACCCGAGGGAUAGGAAUCAAAAUGUGUUACCAGGAACAGUGGUUGACACCACUAUUACGCACCCAGGCGAGAAACAAUUUUUCCUCGUCAGUCAUGAAUCGAUACAAGGCACGGCAAAGCCCUCGAAAUAUUGCGUUAUACGGGACGACAAUAAUUUCGACCCAGAUAGCUUGCAGGCUGUGACUUACGCUCUUUGUCAUAUGUUCACUAGAUGCAAUCGGGCUGUUUCGUAUCCAGCGCCGGCCUAUUAUGCGCAUCUUAUGGCGGCAAGGGGACGAGUUUUAAUUGAUGGAGUUCGAUUGGAUAUGAGCAGACUUGCGGAAGAAUAUAGAAGGCGAUGUAUAGAUACAAUAAAAGUAUCAAAUCCAAUGUUUUUCGUCUGAAAUAUACGACAUUCUGUUAUAAUAUUCAACGUUUCUAUUACAGAAUAAACUGUUUGAUAUUUUA